CUCAUCAUCUGUGUGCAGACAACAGGUUGUUAGGCAGUGCUGGCCCCAGGGUGGAGCUGCUUUCUGAAUCACUUCUUGUCUGGUUCUUCUCUCUGGUGGCCACCUAGAACAGCUCUAUGGCCAAAAUGGAGCCAAGGAACAAUUUUAGUUGAUGUACUUAGUAGAGCUACUGCUGCAAAGCUUAGGUUGCCUUGAGUUGGUAGAGGGUUGUACCGAGGAAGACUGAAGCACUGGCUGUGGUGUAACUCAUGGUGCAGCUGUGGGAGGGGGACUUGCGGUUUUGCUUUGUAGUCCCUGUGACUCAAAGAUGCGACUCAAGAAGCAUGGUGUAAAGUGAACUUGUUAAGUGCUUUUACACUGCCUUUAAAAUAAACAAUUUAUGUCCUUUUAUCUUCAUGGAUAAUGCUAAAGAUAAGGACUCCCAGUGACUUCAGUGAAUGUGGGAUCAGGCUCAUGGCUCAUGUUCUAUAUUGCAAACUUCAAAUAAAGAUUUAUACUUCGCUGAAACAAACCUUAUAAGCCAAAACAAAUUUUAGAUAAUAAAUUUACUAAAGCCGAAUUUGCAUGUUUUUUGCUUUGGUUGGUAAUGACUGGCUUGUUUAAGAAAUGUAAUUUAAUUUCUUUACCACUCAGUGUUAUUGUAUUAGGUAAAAGCUAAGAGGGGAUCUUUCAUCUGCAGUGCAGAUCUUUUAAUACUUCUGUAUUUAUUCUGUUUGGUUUUGUGAGAAUUGCUACAAUUAUUAAAAUGUAUUAUUUGCUUUAAACAUUUUAAUGAUGUAUAAAACUAUGCUGUACUGCUUUCUUGGUUAAGGUGGUGCACUGGGAAAACUGGCAUUAAAAGCAGGGAUCAGUGUAUUAGAAGUACAUCUGGCUUUUAUUAAGUGUAAACUUCAGGACAGGUGCAUUAGGGGAAAAUAUUUUUGUAGUAUGAAAUAGGAUUUUUUAUUCUGUUCUCUUUGAAGCAGCUUGUAAAUUAAGCUGCUCUAUAUGAUUUCUAAAUUUUCUUUAAACUACAUACAGGUAGAUAUAUAGCAUGAUACUCUAGAUUGAACAAAUUAGGUAGGUAUUAAAAAAAGAAAAACUGGAAUUUUUUUUUCUUUUGUAGAUUUGUGUGAAAGCAAAAAUAAUGAGCCUGAGAAGAAAUGUUAAAAAAAAAAAUCUGUUAUAUAUCUUGAGCUGUUAGCUUCCCGUUAAUUUAGAGGGCAAUUUUACUUGUAAGUAGUUUUUUUAAACCUCCUAUCAGUGUAUCCCUAAGGAGCAUAUUUUGUCAUUCUUGUUUUGCUGUUAUUUCUGAAGGUAGCCUUAAUGACGCCUAUGAAAUACUACUUUCUUUUUUAAUUUUAUUUUAUGUUGUUCUACAUUGAUAGCAAAAGACAAAGAACCCAUUGAAUGCAUUAUUUCUAUUCAUAGUGACAUAAUUGGUAAUACAGACCUUCCUAAAGUAAGCAAAUAUUUCUUUGAUUUCAGUACUUGCUGUUAUAUAAUACAUGGAAGUAUCACACAGUAGUAUAUCUGAAGAAAAAGCUAUUUGAAAAGGAUGUUUUAAGAUACAGCAGAUAUAUCUGUAUUCCUUUUUUAUUGUAUUUGUUCUGGGUAGGCUAAGUAUACCCACUUCCUACUGUGUACAAAGACAGGGUAUGUGAUAUGGGAAUGUUACCAAACACAUUGUGUUCUCUUAGCAGUAUCCAGUAUAUUUGAUUUUCUCCUGUUCACUGUAAAUAAGAGAACUUUAAAUCAAUGGCUCUGCUGGUUAUAGAGACUCCUUCUCCCUUAGUUGUGCUAAGACAUUUAUCCCUUGCAAAUGAAGAAGGAGCUAAAAAUGAAGAGUGUAGUGUUUCCACCUUUUUUGGAGGGGUGGAGUUAAUGCAACCAAACUUACAGCUAGCUGAGUAGAAAGGAAGAAACAGAUUUUAUGUGGUUUUGCUAGCUGUACUAGAAAUCUGUUUGAGCUAUUGCAAAAUCUGCAAGACCUCCUGAGAGAAAGAAUGAAAGCAUACAUGUAUUUUUCCAGUUUUGAUUUGUUUGGGAGGAUUUGGUGUUUUGCAGCAUAAGGGAGGUGCCUGUGUGGUGAUGGGGCGUGUGGACUUUCUUCUUGUUAGUUUUGUCACAAAUGUGGUGACAAAAAGGAGACUUUUAAGAUAUAAUACUUAUUUUCCUCUUUUUUCAAAGUUUCAGCAUUUUUUUAGUUUUUGUGCACGCAUGAGGAAGAACACUUCUGUGCCUUUGGCAAGUGGGCGGCUCUGUGAAAGAGAGGCUUUUCUACAGCGUUCUCAGUGCACUGAUCCUGUCUUACCCUGCCUGUACUACUCUUUCUUAGGGAGCUCAGACUCCAAGCAAGGCAAUUUUCCUUAAAAGCAUCACCUAAUGGAUUAUGCAGACAAUCAGGUAUUGCCAGGCAUCUGAAGUGGUUGACCAAGACCUAAGGAUUUGGAACAGUGGUGUAUGAUGUCAAACAGUGGGCAGUCCUUGUAGCUUCCCCCACCAGCCUGCAGUGUCAUGUGCCAGUAUGAAUGUUAAGAAAGAAACGCAUACUUCAGACCUCAGCAUCCCAGAAAGAAAAACGAGGAACUGAACAGAGAGAGCAAAUGAUUGCACCGCUUACAAAACUUGAGUCUGUUCACUUUUUCUCCUGAGAAGCUUCAUCUUGACUGUUGUGAGAGAGUUGAGAAAGUAGGCAGAGCAGCUGCAGUGAUUUUCUUAGGGUCGUUUUCCUUUUUUAAUUCAAUUUUUUCUCCCUUGUGUCUGGAUUUUAAGUGUGCUGCACUGAUCACAAGCACUGGACAUCAAUAUGUGUCAUGUCAUUGUAACAUGUCGGUCGAUGCUAUGGACUCUGCUGAGUAUUGUGGUGGCUUUUGCAGAGCUCAUUGCCUUCAUGAGUGCAGACUGGCUGAUUGGCAAAGCAAAGCCUUCAAGCUCCGACGAGUUGGACAACAGAACAGGGGGACCUCAGGAGCCCUACCGUCCAACGCUGGGCAUCUACGGCCGCUGCACCAGGAUCUCCCACAUGCAGUUCUCUCGACGAGACACGCUUUGUGGUCCUUAUGCUGAAAACUUCAGUGAGAUUGCCAGUGGGUUCUGGCAGGCAACCGCUAUUUUCCUAGCCAUGGGAAUCAUGAUUCUCUGCACCGUGGCAUUUGUGUCUGUCUUUACUAUGUGUGUGCAGAGUAUAAUGAAGAAAAGCAUUUUUAAUGUCUGUGGGCUGCUACAAGGGAUUGCAGGGCUCUUCCUUAUCUUAGGCUUGAUACUUUACCCUGCAGGUUGGGGGUGCCAGAAGGCGAUAAGCUAUUGUGGACCUUAUGCUUCUGCUUACAAACUAGGAGACUGCUCCUUGGGCUGGGCUUUCUACACAGCUAUCGGCGGCACUGUUCUGACAUUCAUCUGUGCGGUCUUCUCGGCGCAAGCUGAAAUAGCCACAUCUAGUGACAAAGUGCAAGAAGAAAUAGAGGAAGGAAAAAACCUUAUCUGCCUCCUUUAACUCCAGUGGGAAAAAAUACCAGCACCUGGAUCGUUACCUGCUUUCCAUUGACUGGGCAAGCAGAUCCAUUUACCUGUUUUUACCAUUUGUGUGAUUGAGCCCCAUGCAUUCCAGCCCUGAACUACUGAAAGGGUCUUUCUUCUUUGCUGGGCGAUGAGGAUCAGAGAAAGGAUCCCAAGAAAGCAGAAUGUAAAUACUUGGGGAUAUUUUUAGUUUCAUUCUGUGAUCAGGAAACAGUGGAAUAUAUUAAUCCAACUGGGGAUGUGAGUAAUCACAUGUAUAUAGCAGAAAUGUUGUUAAAACUGAAAAAUUCUGAUUGAUUGGAUUGCCUAACCCACCUUGGUCACUCCGAAGAAUUUGGGUUUAAAAUAAUAAAAGCCAGCACAUUUAUUUUUCUUAAGCAAAAGAGAAGCCUAUUUUAAUGAGGCUUUGUUUCCAAGGGCUCCCCUCACUGGUGAAUAUUUCUUCACCAUCCCCUGGUUUGGUACCAUUUUCAUGGAGGUGCUUUCUGGUACUGAACUUCCUAGAAGUACAGUGCCUUCUUGGGUAUUAACUCUAUGCUGGAGACAGCAAAGCUGAUAUUUACACCAAUCUUAAGGCAUUUAGAAAGUCAAAUCCUUGACAGGUUUCUCUCUCUUGAAACUCAAAGGUGUGGCAACUUAUUACUUAGCAGGUAAAUAUUGUUUCCACUGACUAGACAGAGAAGUUGUUGUUAGACUGGCUCUCCUGAUUCAGAUAAAACUGAAAUAUUUCUACAGACUUUAUUAAAGUUUCUGAAAUCUCAAGCAGAUAACAGCUCCCCACAGCACCAGCCUUAUGUGGGCUGCAGCCUCUACUACAACUAUGGAUUCCACAUUGUACUUUUUCUCUUGUCAGUGAGAUAUCAUUCCCAGUCCACAGAUCAGUCUGUAUCAUGACCCAGAUGCACAUGAGUCUUUAGGAAAUCUAAAUCUUUGAAAUCUAAAUUUUUCAGGUAUAUGUGGCUGGGAAGAUUUAUUUUUUUUUUUUUUUUUUUUUUUUUUUUUUUUGUGUGUGUGUGUGUGUGUGUAGUAGUAGAGCUUUUUCCAGCUACAUCGGCAGUAAUUAAACAGACCUUGCCACAAAUGCCAUUUUUUUCUCAAAGCCAGCUCAUUUUGUUAUUUGUGGUGUUGCCUCACUUACUAGAACUACUUCUGAUACCAAGUUUGUAAGGUAUUUUAACAAACAAAAGAAUGAUGCAACUGUGCCAUAGGAGCAUUGGGGAUAACUGAUCUGAGUAGUUCUAAUUAAAUACUAGGUGAAUUUUAGAUUCCUUUUCUUACUUCUUGGUAGUUUAACAUCAUCUAGUGACAGUGUUGCUUCACUAUUACACAGAGCAGAGAUUCCUGGUUUUGCCUGGUCAGUCCCUUAAAAUGUGCCAUUAGUUAUUAAAAAAUUGUUGUUACUGUCCAGGUAGGUAUCUGCUUUCGGGGCACUGCUGACGUGCCUCACAGGACAGGAGCUGUUCCGGAGCCCUGCCGGCAGGCCCGGGGCAGCCUGGAGGAUCAGCGAACGGUCACGGAGCUGGGCUCCCCUUCCUGCACCUGCUGCCCACCAGCCGCAGAGCAGCUCCAGCCUGCGCCUCUGUGCCAGUGGCACCUGCAGCCUGUGCGCUGGACAGACACACAGGUAACCUCUGAGACGCAGUGCAACAAGGCCAACUUCUGCCUGUAUUCAAAAAGGGAUUGUUUUAACCUGGCCUCUUCUUGCAUUCACCUGCUCCUGCAACCCACAUCCACCAUCUUCUACUUCAAAGCAGGUGUGAGUUUGUGGGUCCCAAGUUGGGCAACUCCCUGGGGGCUCCCCGGCAGAGGAGACCCUCCUGGAGCAGUUCUGUGUCAGGAACAAGAGACGCAUUGGACUUUUUCGGUCUUCAGCUUCUGUUUAUUGUUAUCUUAUCAAAACUUCAGCACACUGUCUGGGCCCAGACCUUGCAUGUGUGAAAACAGCACAAAAAUGGCCAACAACAUCAUGCUGCAAGGUCUUUUUAAGUCUAAUUAAAAACUAAACUACCCAAUUAAGAAGUGACACCUAAAUUAUUUUCCUUCCUAACCCAAUAACUGACCCCUAAAGACCCGCAAUGCAGAUUUUUCUACCCAAUUACAAGAUACCACCUAAAUCCAGGAAGAAAGUGGAAGAAGAGAGAAGAAAGAAACUCGAGACAACACUCUGUAUCCUCCAUCUUGAACCCAUCUACAACAUACUAAAAAUCCUAAAACCUAAAUUUCUCACCCAUGUGAUAUACUACACUACUCUCUACAAUCUGUUUCACACUUUUGUGGUUUCUAGUUUACCUUGAGGCUUUGGAAGUUUUCUCCACGAACGAGGGUCAAAGCCAGUGUUUUCCUUUGAGUCAGAGCACCCCAGGGCAGACAGGGGGAUAUUCCCCUUGCCCUGGGUACCCACAAACAGAGAACUCAUGUUCUUUUACAUAUUGAAUUUAAAUCCCCUCCAAAAGUUAUUGUCUGGGACCAACUGCCUGCACAAAUCAAGAUUUUAAUAAAGCAAAAUUACCAGCACAAAGUGGUGCCUGAUGGUGAAAAUCAGAGCCCACACACCCUGUCCACACCUGUGUGCCUCGUUGGCUUUGGCCCAUACACAUCCCCCACACCUGAAGGACAGGCACUGGGCUUGUAUCUGGGGCCCAGCAAGCCUUCCUCCAGGCAUCCCUCCUGAGCCCCUUCUGGAGCAUGCACUGAACCUGGGCCACCAGCUCUGCUCUGCCCUCGGGGGGGCCUGCAGUUGGAAAAGAGGGGGUAAGCAGUUGUAUGAGUACUAUAUAAACCAGCUAAAAAUUAAUUACUAAGCAGAUGUAUGGCUUUAGCUGCCUUAGGUGGGUAGCAAUCCAAAGUCUAGGUCACCACUGCCAACAAGUCUUGACACAGUAUUAGGGUGAAAAAUGCUGCACUGGCUUAAGCACUUGAUUAGCCAGAAUCAGGUCAGGUUAGUCCUUACAAAGGUCGGGAGAGUAUACUCUGCUAUGGUUGAGAAGUAAAAAACACACAAGCUUCAUUCUGCUGUGAUCCACAUGAUGCUUAAAAAAAUUUCAAUAGUACAUUUUGUUUGGGUUUGGUUUUUUAAGUAUUAAAUAAAUUUUCAGUGGCACAUUUUGCUUUUGUUUGCAUUCGUAACCAAGAAGAACAGCUUUUCUGCUUGUUGCUGGUAUAUUAUCAGCUUGCUCUGCAACAGCAUAAUUAACUAACUCGCAGGAAUAUCCAAGUUCAUCACAUAGUACAGACAGAAGACAGGCUAGGAAGAAAUACAGAGGAGAAAUAAUCAGAAUUUCUUUUCUCAGGGUUCUGUUUUUCUAGCAAGUGAUCAGGUGGUAUAUAUGGUAUUUUUUUUUUUUCCUGGAUGAGGUUUUCAGGUGCAGGGUGCACUCAUUAAAUUUCACAGCUGUUUAAAUUGCUCCUGAAGUUCACCUCAGCAGUAGCUUUCAAAGGCACUUUGGGAAAGAAAAAAAGCAAAAUCAGCUUAAAGCUAAUAUAACUGAUUUCAUGAGCGGGCUGUAGAGUGUAACUGCUUCUUAAUGUACAUGCACUGCAUAGGAUCUAGAGAAUUUGCUGUGGAUUCUUUAAAACCUGUGUGCCAAUUGGUUCAGUUUAACUUUGUUUUGUGGUAUUGAAGAUUUCUUCAAACAUCUGUGGUUUCAUCAACUUCUUAAACUUAUAUUCAAUAAAGUGCCAUAGACCUUUUUUUUAAUUGUAGCAUAUUUAAAUAUAUAUAUAUAUAUAUAUAUAUAUAUAUACACAGACUUGUGUGAGAUGUGCAAUACAAGGAAUGGGUUUUUUUGGUUAUUUUGUUGGGGUUUUUUUGGUGGGUUUUUUUUUUUUGGGUUUGUUUUUUUUUUUUUUUUUAGUUUUUGCUUUUAAGCAAGUGAUUGGAAAAGGGACUUCCCAGGGAAGAAGUGGCUGGAGUUUGGUGGUGUGGAUAGAGCAUAACACAGUAAAAUCACUGAUGUUGAAGAUCAGUACAACAGUAGAAAGAGCAGCUUGAAGAUUUAACAAAAAUAUCUUCUAGAUUGAUUUGAAUUACUCAGAAUUCAAAUCUGAUUUCACACUUCCAGUGUCCACCUCUUGCCAUUAACACUCAAAAAGCUGAAAAAGCUCAGCAAGGUUUCUUAGUGUGCUUUAUUUGUAAUGUAGCACUGCAAAAAACAUUGCUACUGAGCUAUUUCUGGGUUGUCUAUAUCACCUUUGUAUCUAUUUUACUCAAUAAAGUUCUCUGGAUUCUGAGAUUUUUUUUUUUCCCAGCCAAAUGAUUUUCAUUUUGCAUUGUUACCCCCUUGCCCCAGAAGUUUCCCACAUCCUAGUGGUAAAUGGAGAGGAGUUCAGGCCUUCCUUGAAAGCCAUGGGCACUGGUGCCUACUUCUCAAGGAAAGGGCCAAGUCCAACAAAAGCAGAGCAUGGCAGCAACGCAUACACAGCUCCUCAGAAUAAGAAGUGCGGCUGCAGCGAUCCAGCUAGAGUAGGUUUUGAGCCAUGGUUUAUUUGUGGUACUGUUUUUCUGUUCUUGACUCACCACUAUGUACAUUUGUUAGCAUGAAUGAUGUACCUAAUGUCUUCUUUUUAAUCUAAAUUUCAAUUAAAUGUGAGUUUUUAAACUUCUAACAGGAGUCUGACUACCUUAAUACAAGCAUAUUGGACAAGUUGAGCCAAGCUGAGCUUUGAUUGUAACUUUAGUAGCAUUUAAGAUCCCAGUCCAGUGAUGUAUUUCAGAUUCCCAUCUGACUUAAACAUUUAUUACUGCUUACUGAUCAGAAGUAUGUGAUCUGCAAUUGUAACUAUGUGUUAUACAAUAGUUGCAUUAAAGAGACUUUCUAAUUGAA